GCAACACUGCACUACCAAUAUCAACAAAUUUAAACAAUUAAAUUCAAAAAAAAAGUUGCAGCGAGCGGACGUGUUUCGACAGAGUCUCUAAAAGUGUGUGAAGCCUCCGUAGCGCCGAUUACAAGCCGCAAACUAACAAGAAACAACCACGCUACGGAAAGGAACGAGCAGAAAGACUAAUUAAACCGCGCCACAGGUCCAACCGCCGCCAAAAUGUCGGAAGAAGUCGAUCGCAACGAUCCGGAGCUCAAGUACCUCUCGGUGGAGCGCAACCAGUUCAACGAUCCGGCCACACAGGCCGAGUGGACACAGAAGCGUCUGGUGUGGGUGCCGCACGAGAAUCAGGGCUUCGUGGCUGCCAGCAUUAAGCGGGAGCAUGGCGACGAGGUCGAGGUGGAACUGGCCGAGACCGGCAAGCGGGUGAUGAUCCUACGCGACGACAUACAGAAGAUGAAUCCGCCAAAGUUCGACAAAGUCGAGGACAUGGCCGAGCUGACGUGCCUGAACGAGGCCUCCGUGCUGCACAACAUCAAGGACAGAUAUUACUCUGGCCUGAUCUAUACAUAUUCCGGUCUCUUCUGCGUUGUGGUUAAUCCCUACAAGAAGCUGCCCAUUUACACCGAAAAGAUAAUGGAGCGGUACAAGGGCAUAAAGCGACAUGAAGUGCCUCCGCAUGUAUUUGCAAUAACGGAUAGUGCCUAUAGAAACAUGUUGGGUGAUCGCGAAGACCAAUCGAUCUUGUGUACUGGCGAGUCGGGUGCUGGCAAAACGGAGAACACCAAGAAGGUCAUCCAGUUUCUGGCCUAUGUGGCAGCCUCCAAGCCCAAGGGCUCGGGUGCGGUGCCGAAUCCCGCCGUGCUCAUUGGCGAGCUGGAGCAACAGCUGCUGCAGGCGAAUCCCAUUCUGGAGGCCUUCGGCAACGCCAAGACCGUCAAGAACGACAACUCGUCGCGUUUCGGCAAGUUCAUCCGGAUCAACUUUGAUGCCUCCGGCUUCAUCUCGGGGGCCAACAUUGAGACCUAUCUGCUGGAGAAGUCGCGUGCCAUUCGUCAAGCGAAGGACGAACGAACAUUCCAUAUUUUCUACCAACUGCUGGCGGGCGCCUCGCCGGAGCAGCGCGAAAAGUUCAUACUCGAUGACGUCAAGUCGUAUGCAUUCCUGUCCAACGGCAGCUUGCCCGUGCCCGGCGUGGACGACUAUGCCGAGUUCCAGGCCACGGUCAAGUCGAUGAACAUCAUGGGCAUGACAUCCGAGGACUUCAACUCGAUAUUCCGCAUCGUGAGCGCCGUCCUCCUGUUCGGCAGCAUGAAGUUCCGACAGGAGCGCAACAACGACCAGGCCACGCUCCCAGACAACACGGUGGCCCAGAAGAUCGCCCACCUGCUCGGCCUCAGUGUGACGGACAUGACGCGAGCCUUCCUGACGCCACGCAUCAAGGUGGGCCGCGACUUUGUCACCAAGGCCCAGACCAAGGAGCAGGUGGAGUUUGCCGUGGAGGCCAUUGCCAAGGCGUGCUACGAGCGCAUGUUCAAGUGGCUGGUGAACCGCAUCAACCGCUCCCUGGACCGCACCAAGCGGCAGGGCGCCUCCUUCAUCGGCAUCCUCGAUAUGGCCGGUUUCGAGAUCUUCGAGCUCAACUCGUUCGAGCAGCUGUGCAUCAACUACACCAACGAGAAGCUGCAGCAGCUCUUCAACCACACCAUGUUCAUCCUGGAGCAGGAGGAGUACCAGCGCGAGGGCAUCGAGUGGAAGUUCAUCGACUUCGGGCUGGACCUGCAGCCCACAAUCGACCUGAUCGACAAACCCGGCGGCAUCAUGGCCCUGCUGGACGAGGAGUGCUGGUUCCCCAAGGCCACCGACAAGACGUUCGUCGACAAGCUCGUCUCGGCCCACUCCAUGCACCCCAAGUUCAUGAAGACGGACUUCCGCGGCGUGGCGGACUUCGCCAUCGUCCACUAUGCCGGCCGCGUGGACUACUCGGCCGCCAAGUGGCUGAUGAAGAACAUGGACCCGCUGAACGAGAACAUCGUGUCGCUGCUGCAGGGCUCGCAGGAUCCGUUCGUGGUGAACAUCUGGAAGGAUGCGGAGAUCGUUGGCAUGGCACAGCAGGCCCUGACCGACACCCAGUUCGGGGCCCGCACGCGCAAGGGCAUGUUCCGCACCGUGUCGCAUCUGUACAAGGAGCAGCUGGCCAAGCUGAUGGACACGCUGCGCAACACGAACCCCAACUUUGUGCGCUGUAUCAUACCGAACCACGAGAAGCGCGCCGGCAAGAUCGAUGCCCCCCUGGUGCUCGACCAGUUGCGUUGCAACGGCGUCCUCGAGGGCAUCCGCAUCUGCCGCCAGGGCUUCCCCAAUCGCAUACCCUUCCAGGAGUUCCGCCAGCGUUACGAACUGCUCACGCCCAACGUCAUUCCCAAGGGCUUCAUGGACGGCAAGAAGGCCUGCGAGAAGAUGAUCCAGGCGCUGGAGCUCGACUCGAACCUUUAUCGAGUGGGCCAGUCGAAGAUCUUCUUCCGCGCCGGCGUCCUCGCCCACCUGGAGGAGGAGCGUGACUUCAAGAUCUCCGACCUGAUUGUCAACUUCCAGGCCUUCUGCCGUGGCUUCCUGGCCCGCCGCAACUACCAGAAGCGGCUGCAGCAGCUCAACGCCAUCCGGAUCAUCCAGCGCAACUGCGCCGCCUAUCUCAAGCUCCGCAACUGGCAGUGGUGGCGUCUCUACACGAAGGUCAAGCCCCUGCUGGAGGUGACCAAGCAGGAGGAGAAGCUUGUCCAAAAGGAGGACGAGCUGAAGCAGGUGCGCGAGAAGCUGGACACGCUGGCGAAGAACACACAGGAGUACGAGCGCAAGUAUCAGCAGGCUCUAGUGGAGAAGACCACGCUGGCGGAGCAGCUGCAGGCCGAGAUCGAGCUGUGCGCCGAGGCUGAGGAGUCGCGUUCGCGUCUGAUGGCUCGCAAGCAGGAGCUGGAGGACAUGAUGCAGGAGCUGGAGACCCGCAUCGAAGAGGAGGAGGAGCGCGUUCUGGCCCUUGGCGGCGAGAAAAAGAAGCUCGAGCUGCAUAUCCAGGAUCUGGAGGAGCAGCUGGAGGAGGAGGAGGCCGCUCGCCAGAAGCUGCAGCUGGAGAAGGUGCAGCUCGACGCCAAGAUUAAGAAGCACGAGGAAGACCAUGCCAUCACCGACGAUCAGAACCAGAAGCUGCUCAAGGAGAAGAAGCUGCUGGAGGAGCGCGCCAACGAUCUCUCCCAGACGCUGGCCGAGGAGGAGGAGAAGGCCAAGCACCUGGCCAAGCUCAAGGCCAAGCACGAGGCCACCAUUGCAGAGCUGGAGGAGCGCAUGCACAAGGAUCAGCAGGUGCGACAGGAGUCCGAUCGCACCAAGCGGAAGAUUGAGACCGAGGUCGCCGACCUCAAAGAACAGCUCAACGAGCGUCGCGUCCAGGUGGAGGAGAUGCAGGCCCAGCUGGCCAAGCGCGAGGAGGAGCUCACCCAGACCCUGAUGCGGAUAGACGAGGAGUCGGCCACCAAGGCCACUGCCCAGAAGGCGCAGCGCGAGCUUGAGUCGCAGCUGGCCGAAAUACAGGAGGAUCUCGAGGCCGAGAAGCUGGCCCGUGCCAAGGCCGAAAAGGUGCGUCGCGACCUCAGCGAGGAGCUCGAGGCGCUGAAGAACGAGUUGCUGGACUCCCUGGACACCACAGCCGCCCAGCAGGAGCUGCGUUCUAAGCGCGAGCAAGAGCUGGCCACCCUGAAGAAGUCGCUGGAGGAGGAGACGGUCAACCACGAGGGCGUCUUGGCCGACAUGCGGCACAAGCACUCCCAGGAGCUGAACAGCAUCAAUGACCAGCUGGAGAACCUGCGCAAGGCUAAGGCUGGUCUCGAGAAGGCCAAGGGCACCCUGGAGGCGGAGAAUGCAGACCUGGCUACCGAGCUGCGUAGCGUUAAUAGCUCGCGGCAGGAGAACGAUCGCCGGCGGAAGCAGGCCGAGUCUCAGAUAGCCGAGUUGCAGGUUAAGCUGGCCGAGAUCGAACGCGCCCGCUCGGAGCUGCAGGAGAAGUGCACAAAGCUGCAGCAGGAGGCAGAGAACAUCACCAAUCAGCUGGAGGAAGCGGAACUAAAGGCCUCCGCUGCCGUCAAAUCGGCCAGCAACAUGGAGUCGCAGCUCACUGAGGCUCAGCAGUUGCUGGAGGAGGAGACGCGCCAGAAGCUGGGCCUCAGCUCCAAGCUGCGUCAGAUCGAGUCCGAAAAGGAGGCGUUGCAGGAACAGCUCGAGGAGGAUGAGGAGGCCAAGCGGAACUUUGAACGCAAACUGGCCGAGGUCACCGCCCAAAUGCAGGAGAUCAAGAAGAAGGCCGAGGAGGACGCCGAUCUGGCCAAGGAGCUGGAGGAGGGCAAGAAGCGGCUCAACAAGGACAUCGAGGCCCUGGAGCGGCAGGUCAAGGAGCUCAUCGCCCAGAACGACCGGCUGGACAAGAGCAAAAAGAAGAUUCAGUCGGAGCUGGAGGACGCCACCAUCGAGCUGGAAGCGCAGCGCACGAAGGUGCUCGAGCUGGAGAAGAAGCAGAAGAACUUCGACAAAAUCCUCGCCGAGGAGAAAGCCAUAUCAGAGCAGAUCGCCCAGGAGCGCGACACUGCCGAGCGGGAGGCGCGCGAGAAGGAGACCAAGGUGCUGUCGGUGUCCCGCGAGCUGGACGAGGCCUUUGACAAGAUCGAGGACCUCGAGAACAAGCGGAAGCAGCUCCAGAACGAGCUCGACGACCUGGCCAACACGCAGGGCACCGCCGACAAGAACGUCCACGAGCUGGAGAAGGCGAAGCGGGCGCUGGAGUCGCAGCUGGCGGAGUUGAAAGCACAAAACGAGGAGCUCGAGGACGAUCUGCAGCUGACGGAGGAUGCCAAGCUGCGCCUGGAGGUCAACAUGCAGGCCCUGCGCUCCCAGUUCGACCGCGAUCUGCAGGCCAAGGAGGAGGGCGCCGAGGAGAAGCGCCGCGGCCUGGUCAAGCAGCUGCGCGAUCUCGAGGCCGAGCUUGACGAGGAGCGAAAGCAGCGCACCGCCGCUGUGGCGGCUAAGAAGAAGCUGGAGGGCGAUUUGAAGGAGAUCGAAACCACCAUGGAGAUGCAUAACAAGGUGAAGGACGAUGCCCUGAAGCACGCCAAGAAGCUGCAGCUGCAGGUCAAGGAUGCGCUGCGCGAUGCCGAGGAGGCCAAGGCGGCCAAGGAGGAGCUGCAGGCGCUGAGCAAGGAGGCCGAACGCAAGGUCAAGGCCCUGGAGGCGGAAGUAUUGCAGCUGACCGAGGAUCUGGCCAGCUCGGAGAGGGCUCGCCGCGCCGCCGAAACGGAACGCGACGAACUGGCAGAGGAGAUCGCCAACAAUGCCAACAAGGGAUCCCUGAUGAUCGACGAGAAGCGCCGCCUGGAGACCCGCAUUGCCACUCUCGAGGAGGAGCUGGAGGAGGAGCAGUCCAACUCGGAGGUGCUGUUGGACCGCAGCCGCAAGGCGCAGCUGCAGAUCGAGCAGCUGACCACCGAACUGGCCAACGAGAAGUCCAACUCGCAGAAGAACGAGAACGGUCGCGCCCUUCUUGAGCGCCAGAACAAGGAGCUGAAGGCCAAGCUGGCCGAGAUCGAGACGGCGCAGCGCACAAAGGUGAAGGCCACCAUUGCCACGCUCGAGGCCAAGAUUGCCAACCUGGAGGAGCAGCUGGAGAACGAGGGCAAGGAGCGGCUGCUGCAGCAGAAGGCCAACCGUAAGAUGGACAAAAAGAUCAAGGAGCUGACAAUGAACAUCGAGGACGAGAGGCGCCACGUCGACCAGCACAAGGAGCAAAUGGAUAAGCUGAAUAGCCGCAUCAAGCUACUCAAGCGCAAUCUGGACGAGACCGAGGAGGAGCUGCAGAAGGAGAAGACGCAGAAGCGCAAGUACCAGCGGGAGUGCGAGGACAUGAUUGAAUCGCAGGAGGCCAUGAACCGUGAGAUUAACUCACUCAAAACGAAAUUACGACGCACCGGCGGUAUGGGCCUCAGCUCCAGCCGGCUCACGGGCACACCUUCAUCAAAGCGCACCGGCGGCGGCGGCGGCGGUGGAGACGACAGCUCAUCGGUGCAGGAUGAAUCCCUAGAUGGAGAGGACUCUGGCAAUUGACGCGUUAAUUAUUAGGUGAAGCAGAAGCGAAAUUGGAAGAGAAUAAGGAAGUGAAGAAGGCGGAGGAAGGUGAAGAUGAUGAGCGAAAUAAACGAUUAUCUUUAAUGUUUCUUUUAUAUAAUUUCUCUGUUAUUUUUUAUAUAAACUAUUAUACAUACUUAAAUUAAAACGUAAACAAACAAAACCAACAUUUUUAUAACGAAAAAACGUAAACAUACAAAAAAAAAAAACAAUGUUGUAAAACACUCCCACUUUAUACAAAACCAUAAACACAUAAGAUACUUUCCCCAUCCCUCGAAUGGCUGCAGUUUUGUGGGCAGCCAACGAAAAUAAACGUAAAAUUAUACAACACAAACCAACCAAGAAACGUAUUAACUUUGAGCUCCUCCUCCGAAUCCGAAGUCCAUAUAACAAACAGUCCAAUGACUCAAUGCUUGCAGAGAGCCAGCAAGAGCCUCAAAAGGACACUCAUUGCCACAUCAAUUAAUUACCUAACAUAGAACACAUAGAGUACUACUCGAUGCAAUAUGUAAUUCAUGCAUUUAACAACUAAAAAAAACGGUUUUCAAACAGAAAUCGAGAUCUGAACAGACCAGAAAAUCAAAUGUUGAACACGCAGCUAAUAUACGAAUUUCGUUUUUGUUUAGAACUAAACAAUAAAAUAUUUGCUACAUGAA